CCGAGAGGGGGCGGCAGAAGGAACGCGAGGGUGACAGGGCGUACCCACCCUGCGGCUCGGCGCCCAGCAGCGCCCCCGGCCCCGAGCGGCCGCCAGGACCCGAAAGAAGAGGAAGAGGAACCACAGGAGGGCUCGCCGAACCGGCCACCCGCUCCGAACUUGCCGAGGAAACUAGUACGGAGGGAGGGGCCGGGGCCAGGGCCGCGGCAGGAGGAGGGGCGGCCGCAGCUGCAUCCAGCCCCGUUGGCUUCCUUCCCAGCUCUCCUUCGCCUCCUCCUCUUCCUCCUGUAUGAGUCAGGCAUUUCCCGGGGAUUUGGAGCAGCCACGCGCGGCCCGGGCGCCCGGAGCUAUAGCAGCAGCAGCUGCCGCCGCCGCCGCCGCCGCGCCGGCAGCCCCAGCGCCGCGGCCGCCACCGCGGCGGGCACUCGCGUUCCGGGCGCGCACGGACCAUGGAGAGGGCGGCCCAAGGCGCAGACGGCGGCGGGGGCAGCAACAGCAGCAGCAGCCGCAGCAGCAGCCGCGCCACCUCGGCUGGCUCCUCGCCGUCCUGCUCCCUGGCCGGCCGGGGUGUCGCCAGCCGGUCGGCGGUAGCCGGGCUCGGCGGCGGGGGCAGCCGCAGCAGCCCGGGCUCGGUGGCCGCUAGUCCGUCGGGAGGAGGCGGCCGCAGGAGGGAGCCGGCGCUCGAAGGCGUGCUCAGCAAAUACACCAACCUCCUCCAGGGCUGGCAGAACAGGUACUUCGUGCUGGAUUUUGAGGCCGGCAUCCUGCAGUAUUUUGUGAAUGAGCAGAGCAAACACCAGAAGCCUCGGGGAGCCCUGUCUCUGUCUGGGGCCAUAGUGUCCCUGAGCGACGAAGCCCCCCACAUGCUGGUGGUGUAUUCCGCUAACGGAGAGAUGUAUAAACUGAGAGCUGCUGAUGCAAAGGAGAAACAGUUUUGGGUGACUCAGCUUCGAGCCUGUUCCAAAUACCACAUGGAAACAAGUUCUAAGACGACUCCAAGUUCCCGAAGCCGCAGUCUCACUUUGCUCCCCCACGGAACGCCCAAUCCUGCGUCUCCCUGUAGCCAGAGACACCUCGGCGCGGGGGCCCCCGGUGUUGUCACAGUCACGCAUCACAAGUCGCCUGCAGCCGCCCGAAGAGCCAAGAGUCAGUAUCCUGGCCAGCUUCACGAAGUCAGAGAGAUGAUGAACCAGGUGGAAGGACAGCAGAAGAACCUCGUGCACGCCAUCGAGUCUCUGCCCGGCUCUGGCCCCCUCACCGCCUUGGACCAGGAUCUGCUGCUCCUGAAAGCUACCUCCGCCGCUACCCUCAGCUGCCUGGGGGAGUGCCUCCACUUGCUACAGCAGAGUGUGCACCGGGCGGGCCAGCCCGGCCACAAGCCGGGGGCCUCAGAGAACAUCCUGGGAUGGCACGGGCCCGAGUCACAUUCCACGGAGCAGCUGAGAAACGGGACGCUUGGCUCUUUGCCCGCAGCCAGCGCCAACGUAACCUGGGCGAUUUUACCAAACUCCGCCGAAGACGAGCAAAGCCCGCAGCCAGAGCCAGAGCCAAACUCGGGCCCUGAACUGGUUUUGUCCGAAGAUGAGGACAGUGACACUGAAGACAAAGAAGAGACAGAAUUGGGUGCCAUGGAGGAUCAGCGUAGUAUAAUUCUUCAUCUCAUUUCACAGCUCAAACUGGGAAUGGAUCUGACCAAGGUGGUGCUUCCCACAUUCAUCCUGGAGAAGCGAUCCUUGCUGGAGAUGUAUGCCGACUUCAUGGCGCACCCAGACCUGCUGCUGGCCAUCACUGCCGGAGCCACGCCAGAGGAGAGAGUCAUUUGCUUUGUGGAGUAUUACCUCACAGCCUUCCAUGAGGGCCGCAAGGGGGCCUUGGCCAAGAAGCCCUAUAACCCCAUCAUCGGCGAGACGUUUCACUGCUCCUGGGAAGUCCCCAAGGACAGGGUCAAGCCAAAGAGGACUGCCCCCCACUCUCCCGCUAGCCACGAACACCCGAUGGCCGAGGACCCUUCCAAAAGCUACAAACUCAGGUUCGUGGCUGAGCAGGUGUCCCAUCACCCGCCCAUCUCCUGCUUCUACUGUGAGUGCAAGGAGAAGAGACUGUGCGUCAACACUCACAUAUGGACCAAAAGCAAGUUCAUGGGCAUGUCCGUGGGGGUCUCCAUGAUAGGGGAAGGUGUGCUGAGGCUCCUGGAACACGGGGAGGAGUACGUGUUCACCCUGCCCAGUGCCUAUGCUCGGUCUAUUCUCACCAUCCCAUGGGUGGAGCUUGGAGGCAAAGUCAGCAUCAGCUGUGCCAAGACUGGGUACUCAGCGACAGUGAUAUUCCACACAAAGCCUUUUUACGGAGGGAAAGUCCACAGGGUCACAGCAGAAGUGAAGCACAACCCAACCAACACCAUUGUUUGUAAAGCCCAUGGAGAAUGGAAUGGUACCCUAGAGUUCACUUACAACAACGGAGAAACCAGAGUCAUUGAUACGACCACACUGCCAGUGUACCCCAAGAAGAUCAGACCUCUGGAGAAGCAGGGGCCCAUGGAGUCCAGGAACCUCUGGCAGGAGGUGACCAGAUACCUGCGGCUGGGGGACAUUGAUGCUGCCACUGAGCAGAAGCGGCUCCUGGAGGAGAAGCAGCGGGUAGAGGAGCGGAAGCGGGAGAACCUGCACACACCAUGGCGGCCCAAGUAUUUUAUCCAGGAGGUAACUCGGCCACCUGUCUUUGGGGACUUGUCCCAGGUGAGGGGCGGAUGGGUCGGUCUUGCUGAUGCAGCAGUUUGUAUGAAUGAGGAUGGUCCUGGGAAGGUUUGGGGCAGCUUGGCUCUGGCUUUGGGCCAGGCUGUCCUGUGACACUUCCCUCUGACAUCUUCCAUCAGAAUAGCCUGUCAGCCCGACAGGGGGGCAAGGAAUGAAUGGGAUUGCAGAUCUGGAUGCUGUCCUAUUAAAAAAAACAGAAACAAAAAACACAGCCCCUGCUACUUUAUCAUCAGUGACAAAUUAGCCGUGAAGCAUCUCACAGCCUGUCUGCACAGCUGGGGGACUGGAACCUUCAUGACUGAGAACAAGCGCCCUCUCGGAGCCCUGCCUCCCGUGGGCCAAGUGGGACGGGUGUGCUCAGAAAGGCUGGUGUGAACCGCCACUGUCACCCGGAGAAGUGACACCGCAAGGCAGUCAUCUCCACCAGUCUGCCCACCCAGUGGGCAAGAGGGCAAGGCACCAUGUGCCCGGUUGAGGCUCUUAUGCUUUUAAAGUUGUUUGUGGAGCAGUUGAGGAGCAUUCUGAGAACAGAGUUGCAAACGAUGGAAAUGUAAGGAGCCACAGCUUUUAACGCAGGCCCUCCGGAGCCUGGCAGCAUCGUUGAGGGACACCCCCGUGAGGACUGGCGCAGACACAAGAGUCUGUGAAGGGCCCGGAUACCAUUUAACCUCCAGGUGGUCAUCGAUGGUCUAAUUCUUCACAGGAAGCCACAAAUGUGAAUUUUUAUGACAAAUCUGAUAUUCACAUGAUAUCAAGGCAUCUUCAGUUUAAACACAGAGCCAGUAGAGAUAUGUCUAAGCUUUCUUUGGCCCCAGGACUGCUACUGUCCGACUUGUGCUGCAAGGAAGGGUUAUCCUGUGUAGCAGGAGGGCUGAUGGGGGUGUUCAUGACUUUGAGGUGCCCUUACGCUCAGGAGCAGAAGCAGCUGCUGCUCUCCCCCAGGCAGCAACUGGGGCUGUGGGUGAACAGAGACUUCGAGGUUGGCUUCCGAUUCAGACAGGAAGCCUGCUUGAGCAGACUGCCUUUAUGAGACUCUGAGUGGGAACCACGUCUGGAAGCCUUGCCUCGGUGAGGUGACUCUGUUCUCCAGAGAAACAACAGAGCUGAAUGAAGACCCUGGGAAAGCCAGUGGGUAUAGUUCAGUCCCAGCCCAAAGGCCUGGGAACCCAGGAGGGGAGCCAGUGGUGUAAAUGCGGGUGCAAAGGCAGAAGAGAUGAGCAAUCCCAACUAAAGAAGGGAGGCAGAACAGAAAGAGGAGGGUCAGUCCCUCCUGCCUCUACCUUGUUUGUUUUCAGGCCCUCAAAGGCUUGCAUAAUGCUUAUCCACUGUAGGGAGGGAAAUCAACUUUACUGAGUGCUUAUCUCGUCUGGAAACCUUCAUGGACACACUCAGAAUGUUUCAUCUGGGCACCACGGUGAAUCAGGUUAACACAUAAAAUUAACCAUUACAAAAUCCUUCAAGGACCCUUCUGUGUGGUGGAUCUAGUUUGCCUGGCUUCUGUGAAAAGUUGGCCAUAAAACAAAAACAAAAACACACACAAAAAAACCCUAAAAGGCAACAACAACAAAAGCACAGUUCUUCUUCCUGGGUUUAAGGAAAACCAGUAUGUUGGUAACAGAAAACUUGAGGAUAUGUAAAGAAUAAAAAUCAUCCCAAUACCAGAAUUGUUACUAUUUGGCACAUUCCCUUCUAGUCAAGCCCCAGAUUGUGUACAACAUUUUGACUCUCGCCUUUUUCUGAUGGUUGGCGUCAUUACUCACGUGUGCGGAUUCCUGGCCACCUCCUGCUGCAGGGAGCCGUGGUUGGGCACUUCCCUCCAGGCCGGUGGGCUGUACAUCACUGAUCAGGAAAAAUUCCUCAGAGGCAGGCCUUGCCUUUCCUCUCGUGUCCGUUCAUUGGACCACCCUCUUUUUCUUUCUUGUCCCACUGUUUCAAAGGUGUUUUUUUUGGCCAACUAAUCUUAUAUGAUGUAACCCGACAAAGCCCCCCUUCUUUGGUUAAUUUUAGUUAUUUUUUGGGUUUUCCUCCUGACAUGCCAAAAUGUGAAACUCUUGUCUCACAAAGCAGCCGGGCUGAGGAGGGGUGGCGAGACCACCGGCAUGGUGUGGUGGUGAGCUCCCAGAACAAGACGCACACACGUUUUAGUGGCAGUCCCGAACAGAUGCUAAUGAGCACUGCUCUGUGUGGGACUUGGCUUGUAACAUAGCAGAGGCUGCAAGCUACCUCUGAUUCUCC